GACGGUUUCCGGGUUUCCCUUCCUGGGCUGGGACAGCGGCAAGAGGCAAAAGCUCCUGUUGAUUAACAGUAAUUCUCAAUUACGCGCAGACAUCCUGUAAACAGACGUGAUGUCUCAGUCUGGAGAGAAAGGGAAGUUCCCAGAUGCAGCAGGUUACGUAGGAUUUGCCAACCUCCCAAACCAAGUGCACCGAAAAUCAGUGAAAAAGGGAUUUGAGUUUACCCUCAUGGUUGUAGGGGAGAGUGGUUUGGGCAAAUCAACACUUAUAAACAGCCUGUUUCUCACUGAUCUCUACCCUGAACGCUACAUCCCUGGUGCUGCAGAGAAGAUUGAGAGGACGGUGCAGAUUGAGGCAUCGACUGUGGAGAUCGAGGAGAGAGGAGUGAAGCUUCGCCUCACUGUGGUCGACACCCCUGGAUACGGUGACGCCAUUAACAGCCAGGACUGCUUCAAGACCAUCAUCCAGUACAUUGACAAUCAGUUUGAGCGAUACCUCCACGAUGAAAGCGGGCUGAACCGAAGACACAUUGUUGACAACAGGGUGCACUGCUGCUUCUACUUCAUAUCUCCAUUUGGACACGGUCUAAAGCCUCUCGAUGUGGAGUUCAUGAAGGCCAUCCACAGCAAAGUCAACAUAGUCCCAGUCAUUGCCAAGGCUGACACACUGACACUGAGGGAGAGGGAUCGCCUGAAGAGGAGGAUCCUGGAUGAAAUUGCUGAGCACGGGAUCAGAAUUUAUCAGCUACCUGACGCUGACUCUGACGAGGACGAGGAGUUCAAGGAACAGACCAGAGUCCUGAAGGCGAGCAUCCCCUUUGCUGUGAUUGGCUCCAACCAACUGAUUGAGGUGAAGGGGAAGAAGAUCCGUGGUCGACUCUACCCCUGGGGAGUUGUUGAAGUGGAGAACCCUGAGCACAAUGACUUCCUCAAACUACGCACCAUGCUUGUGACUCACAUGCAAGACCUCCAGGAGGUAACUCAGGAUCUGCAUUAUGAGAACUUCCGCUCAGAGAGGCUGAAGAGAGCGGGCAGAGCUGUGGACGAGGAUGUGGUGGAUAAGGACCAGAUCCUGCUACAGAAAGAGGCUGAGCUGAGGCGCAUGCAGCAGAUGAUCGCUCAGAUGCAGGCACAGAUGAAGAUGAAAUCAGACGAGUGAAAGAGACGGAGCAGAAGGGAAACAUGGUGAUCCCAACCGCCCCAACACACACACACACACACACACACACACAGACACACAUACAUAUAUAUAUAUACACACACCUGGUCGUGCUCUGAAUCCAUCCCUGCCUGCUGACAUCCUGCAGAACCACCAGGAGUCCAGGUAUCCAGGAUCACACCAUCUUAAACUGCACACCACCUCUUCUUCUUCUUCUUCCCUCCAAACAUCCAUCCAUCAGCUGUUCAGGAUCUUCCUACACAUCUUGUCAAGUAUCCACUUAAAAUCCACAAUUUGUCCUGUUUUGUGAGUGAAAGUUAGCCAGGCAGAAUCUGGAAAACGUGAAAAUCAAAAAGUUUUAAUAAUGCUUGAUUAUCAGAGACAUAUCUGUUCUUUAGCCUUUGAUCUUAGUCAUGACUCCACAGAGCUGCCAGUGACAAUGGUACUUAGAGGUUUUGCCAUCAUGUUUACAAAAAUAUAUGUAUGAAUUAUACAUUCUGCUCCAGGUUGCAGAUGGCACUAUUCUCCAUUUAUUUUCUUAACAUUUAUUUUAACUUAAAAGUAAAAGACUAUUUUUUCUGUUAACUCAUGAGUGAUUCAGUUGCUCAUCAUGUUUACCUCUAGAUAGACCUUCAGUGCCUUCGGUUUGAUAAUGCAAUAACAAUAAAUAUUAGUACACUGAAAGGUAAGUUUGGUUUUGAAUGAGGUAAACUGUCCAUGUCGAGAAUGAGGACACUCUCGUGUCUGGUUUUCCAGUCACAAUAUUUGCCCUUAAUUGUGUUAAAAAUCUUAUUUUGUAGUCAACACUAAGAAAAUAAUUCUAGGUGUUUAUUUGACUUUUAGGCUGUAAACAUACUAUAUGCAAGUAGUCAAACUAAUAACACUGUUAUAAAAAGAGACAACCCAACUUUAGGAUCAUGUUAUAGUUGAAUAAAAGUGCCAUGUUGCUGAUAUUUGUGCGCUUAUCAUGAAGAACUGCAGGAUCUUUAAUGUCAGUGUCAAACUACAACUACAGACUGAAAUCUAAUCACACUUUUCAGUAACAAAAUAUGUGUCCAUAUUUGCGUCAGCGAUUUAAUUUAAUGCGUAAAAAUGAUCUGUUUGUACACUACAUGUGCAUACUUUCAUCACACUGUAUUUUAGGCUGUCUCAUUUAAAAAUCAAAUACUUUAAUAUUGAACUGUUAUAUGUAUAAACACCCUCCAGCCUUCUAUUCAGCAGUGCCAUCUAACUGUGCUGCCACUGAUGUGCCACUGGCAUUAUUUUGUUUUUCUGUCUUUAGCUCUUGUAUGCAAAUCUGUCUGUUGAGCUCAUUAAGACAAACAUAAUUAUUAUUUCUUAAACCACAUGCCAGUCAAGAGUUGUUUUCAGGCGUAAACGUUUUUUUGUAUUUCUAUCUGGAAUAAAAUUUGUUUAGAGAAAAGAA